UCUCUCCAGCAGGAGGCGCCACAGCUCCAUCAGUCUCUUGUUGGACCGGUUCUGGGGUCUGAUGCGGGUUGCACGCCGUCCUGCAGUUCGAGGCUCGCUCAAAAGUUUGCUGCGUGUCUCACACUCCGCAGACUCACGGAGUCCCGCAGACUCCCGCAGACUCCUGGAGUCCCGCACAUGUGAAAGAUGAACUCCACGUUUUGGUUCUGGUUCUUGGUUUGGGUCGCGGAUGCGGAGCUCAGUGUCCGGAAAGGGUCCGGUCUGGUCUGUACCUUCAAGGAUCAGACGUACAGUCCAGGCGACAGCUGGCACCCGUACCUGGAGCCGUUUGGACUCAUGUUCUGCAUGCGCUGCAUCUGCACAGAGACGGGUCAUGUAAAGUGUAACACCAUCAGGUGUCCCACUCUGCCCUGUGAAAACCCGGUUGCUGAGCCCAAACAGUGCUGUCCCAGGUGUACAGAUGAGCCCAGGAUCCCUGCUGGUCUCCGGGCAUCGGUGAAGUCCUGCAGAUAUAACGGCAGCGUGUAUCAGCCCGGAGAGACGUUCAACAAACACGAGCUGUUCCCGUCCAAGCAGAGCAACCAGUGUGUGAUGUGCACGUGCUCAAAUGGAAACAUCUUCUGCGCUCUGAAAACCUGUCAGCCAAUCAGCUGCUCCUCACCUGUGCCUGUCCCUGACACCUGUUGUCUGGUCUGUAAAGAUAAUGUCUCGAGCGGAUCUUCAUCGAGCGAGGAUGGAAACCUUCAGCUGAACAGAGGCGUGAGGCAUUCAGUGGACCAGUGUUCAGGCGAGCAGAGCCGGGUGCGGUCUGACCGUGCCACAACGCCCCGGGUCAGAACUUCUCCCAGAGGUCUGAGCCUCAGUAAACUAAACCUCAAAGGAGCUUCAGAGACCACCGUGAAGAUCCUGCUGCAGAGGAAACACCAGCGAGCGUGUUUAUACAACGGGAAGACGUACUCACAUGGAGACAUGUGGCACCCGGUGCUGGGGAAGGUCCUGGAAUGCAUCCUGUGCACUUGUACCGACGGCCUGCAGGACUGUAAACGCAUCACGUGUCCCAGCGAGUACCCGUGUCAACAUCCGCUGAAGCCAGCUGGGAAGUGCUGCAAGACGUGUCCAGAGAGUAAAUCUCAGGGGAAUCAGACUCAGUGUAUUCUCCAUCAGAACAGCCUGUUGGUUUAUAAGGUGGAGUCGUCAUUGAAAGUGGACCCGCCCAACACCGUCAGGAUCAUUGCUGUGGAGAGACAGAGCACGGCCGAGGUUGAAGUCCAAGUGUGGAAGGCCAGUGAAGGAGUCUUACAGCUGAUGGAGAUCGGUGACGUUCAGAGGAAAGACAUCGUGGAUCAUCCAGAGAACUUCACGUUACUGACCACGCUGGACGAAGAGACGUGGAAGAAGUUUAAAGAUGAAGGAGAGAACCUGAGUAAAGCUCCUCAGACGACGCUCUGUGAGGACGGCAUCCGGGAGAUGGUGACCUUCUUAAAGCCCCGACAGACGGACGACCCGUGUUCGCCCUGAUCCUCCAACACGCUACACGUCCACGCGUUAACAUAUGUAUUCAUACACGCUACACGUCCACACGUUAACAUACGUAUUCAUACACGCUACACGUCCACGCGUUAACAUAUGUAUUCAUUCACGCUUCACCUGUAACAUCAUGUAUCAUGUUUAUUGAUUAAUCUUCACGUUUGUUGUAAAUUCUCGGUCACACGUCAUGCCAUGAAGCCCCUCCUGCAGUGGAUCCAGGGUCGAGUCCAGAGCUCCGGUUCUGGUUCUGGUUCUGGAGUUUAGACUUUUGUUGACUCUGAUGUUAAUAUUGGAUGACUGAGGACAUUUUUGGAUUCUUUGUUCAGACAUAUGAAAAUCAUCACGGCCGGGCACGGGGCCACGCGGCGCUCACGGCGAGGAGGAGACAUAUUUAUUGUAAAUACAAACAGAGCGUCUGUCAGCGUGUUCCAAGCGUGUUCCUGUGGACAUACGUGUGACACGUGUCGGGAUCAGCGUGUCACAUGAUCACUGUCAUGUAGCUGCAGUUUAUCCAUAAAGGCUGUUUGAACCUGUC